AUGUCUACUUGGGAAGAACAUGUAUUAUCAAAUUCGCCAACAAAUGAUAGAAAUAAUGGAUCGAAAUCGGAUGAAACACCACGAGAAGGAUUAGGAGAGAUAAACCAUACAUCAGAACUGACAAUUGAUUUUGGAAAACUCUAUAAUCAAUCAGAUUAUAGUGACGUUGAAUUAAUAAUUGAAUCUGAACAUUUUUUUGCUCAUCGCACUAUACUUGCUGCUCGUUCGGAAUAUUUUCGCGCAUUACUCUACGGUGGUUUACGCGAAUCUCAACAUGAUAAUCAUGCCAUCGAAAUAAAAGAAUGUAAAGCAGCUGCAUUUAAAAUUCUUCUACGUUAUAUAUACACUGGUCAGAUUAACUUAGCCAAAGAAACUGAAGAUACACUACUUGAUCUACUGGGUCUAGUACAUCAAUAUGGGUUCGAACAGCUUGAAAGUAGCCUAUCCAUGUAUAUACAAUCAAUCUUAUCAUUAAACAAUGUUUGCAUUAUCUAUGAUACUGCUUGUCUCUAUGAAUUAAAUAAUCUCCGAGAACAUUGUGCUCUAUUUAUUGACAGUCAUGCAAAGGAAGUAAUCACAACAAAUGAAUUUUUAGCAUUAUCACCGGAAGCAUUGUCGUCCGUUGUAUCACGCGAUUCAUUUUUCUAUCCGGAAAUUGACAUAUUUUAUGCUAUUAAAAAUUGGCAUGAUUAUUAUUAUCUUAACCAAAAAGAUCAAUGGAAACCAUUUGAUAAUAUUGUAUCAAAAGUACGGUUAACACUAAUGUCAAUGACUGAACUAUUGAGCAUUGUUCGUUAUUCAAAUUUAUUUGAUCUCAAUCAGAUAUUAGAUGCUAUUGAUAUAAUUCAUACUGAAAGUAGUUCAGCAAUGACUGUUAGUAAUAGAACUAACUAUAAAAACUAUCGAGGACGACUAAGAUUGAAUGAAAAUUUAGCUACAAAAGCAUAUGAUGCAGAAGUAAUUGAAGGCGAAGUAAAACAAUAUCUAUUGGAUGGUGAGGUUAUCAAUUAUGAUUUGGAUCGUGGUUAUACAAGACAUCUUAUUGAUGAUGUUCAUUAUAUUUGCGUGAAAUUAGGUGAACCAUCUAUAAUCAAUCAUAUUAAAUUACUUUUGUGGGAUAAAGAUACUCGAACUUAUUCUUAUUAUAUUGAAGUAUCAGUUGAUAAUAGAAAUUGGACACGAAUUAUUGAUUAUCAUCUAUAUUUAUGUCGAUCAUGGCAAAAAUUAUAUUUUACUCCAAUUGUGGCAAGUAUCAAUAAAGUUUUUCAUCUUGUUUCCAUGGAAGUUUAUUAUAAAAGAAAAUCAUUUGCAAUUGUUGGAGAUAUUCAUGCUCCAAUCGAAAAUAUCGCAACAAUUGAAGAGGGUGCUAUUGUAUCUGAAGGUGUUAGUCGUGUUAGAAAUGCACUGAUUAAUGGAGAUUAUCAGUCGUACGAUUGGGAUACGGGCUACACAUGUCAUCAAAUUGGUUCAGGUGGCAUUGUUAUUCAAUUAAGUCAACCUUAUGUCGUUAGUUCAAUGAGAUUAUUGUUAUGGGAUUGUGAUAACCGUUCAUAUUCUUAUUAUAUUGAAACAUCACUUGAUAAUAUAAAAUGGUCAACAUUUGUUGAUAAACGCAACACAGCUUGCCGAUCAUGGCAAAUAUUAACGUUUUCGCCUCGUAUCGUUGUAUUCGUACGUAUAUGUGGUACACAUAAUACAGCGAAUGAAGUAUUUCAUUGCGUUCAUGUCGAAUGUCCAUGUCAACCUGAUAUACUUAAAUUACAUUUGAAUGAACAACGAUUGAAUUCACCAGAAAGUUCUCAAGAAAAAAAUGGUAUAGCAUGUGAAGAGUUUUAUAAUCAUUUUGAAUCAUGGUCGAAAAUCAAUAAAAAUUCGUUAUUAGAAACGCAUAAGAUUUUACCAUUUAUGAUCAAACCACAUUAUACAGAAAUAAUUCAUAGCGAACAAGAUGACGAUGAACAAAAUCAACAUUGA